UACGUGUGUAUAUUUCGGAUUUCGAUCCAGAAAGGUCUAAUUCUGCUGCCGCUUAUUUUGUUACUUCAGCUCGGACUGCAGUGGCGUCAGCUAUCGGACAGUGAAAAAGCACCGUAUAUCGCCGAAGCGGAGCGUUUGCGAGUUAUGCACAUGAAGGAGUAUCCGGACUAUAAGUAUAAACCACGCAAGAAACCGAAAAAAGGUGCAGAAGGGCAGAAUACGGUAAAUGGUUGUAGCAACAUUGCAGGGCACGCAUCGAGACAGAGUGAUAUUGCAACGUCAGGCGUUGCUGGCGGUCGGGCAAAGGCACUGAAACGGUACGUUGGCUUUUCUCGGCUAGCCUAA